AUGAGGUACGGAUUAGUGGUCCUUACUGCUGGGUUCACCGGUUUGCUCAGUUUUAGCCUCCUCGCCUUGGCAAUUGGGACUGAUUACUGGUACAUCAUCAACGUGAACAAAGCCAACCACACAGGUCCUGACGAUCUGAGUUCACAUUCUGGACUGUGGAGAAUUAUUGAAGGUAUGUGAAUUCAACUUUCACCGAUAAAGCUCAUUUACAGUUUGUGAAAUCAUUCAAGCAAAGAGUAACUGCAGGUAUAGUAAUGAGGGAGCUGGUAUUAAUUCGGACGCAGCCCUCGAUCGUUUAUGUCGAAUAACUUUUGCGCUUGCCUCUCAGAGGAUCCUCUUUCAUGGCAUCAGUAUCACUGUGCGUAAAAUGCUCCGUCAGUUAAGUCAUUAUAAUAAUUCUCUUGGAUUUACUCUGUUUCAGUAUUGUAGUUUUCUGUCCGGAUAUGAAAAAGUGCCAGCAUUGAUCGUUCUCAGUGUUCUCAGUGUGGUCUAAGGAGGAAAAUCGAUGUAGCCAACUCUGUGUUUCAUGGACUGCAUUUACGAGUCCAUACAUUUUCAUUGAUCACGAGUCUUUGCAUGAUGUUGCCGCGUUGUAGAGGCCGAUUUAUUCCCAAUUACUCGAAGAUUUAAAGAACUGAGAAGCUGCAAUGAAUCCCAGUUGAAUGGCACUUGUGCACAGUAAGAAACGACCCGGUGCCAUUUAACUUGGAGGAAAAGACAAAGGCAUCCAUGAGGUGGAUUAUCGGGUAUAAUGCUUUCAUAGUCACUGAAUAAAGCCUAAUGAACCGAUGGGAUAUUAGACAUAUGGCAAUAGGUCUGUGACAUCUGUGAAUUUCUCCCCUGUCUAAUUAAAACUGAGGCAGCUCUAACCCCUGCACAUCCCUGCAGGCGGCUGCAGGUGAGCAAGCAGGAGGCUGCACAGAUUCCAAAGGGUGUUUUUGUCAUACACAGCUGCAACAAAUAGCGCGUGUUGGGGAUGCAUAGCUUGAUCCCUGAGGUCUCCUAUCUGGUGCUACAAGCCAAGUAAUGAGCCUUCAAAAUGCUCAAAACUGCAUGCAGUGUUCACACCUGUGACAAAAUGACAAAUGUGGAACACGUGAGAGAUUUUCAUGUUGCAAAUCUGAGAUGUCUGCAACCAGCUUGACCAUUUUAAGUUUGCUGUCGGUCUAGUUUUGAGGGGCAGUCAUCAUAAAAACAACUUCACAGUUCAAGGAGAAAUCUGAUAUUGUUUGUAUCUUAAAGUCGCUCCUGUCGUGUGUAACCUUUUCCCUUGACAUUUUCAGGAGCAAACAGAAGCUCAGUCAUCCCUUCUUUCACAGCGAACAUGUCCAGCCUGUCGGACACAGAAAAACAGCUUCUCGGUGAGUGAGUGGUUUUAUUUAUUCACUAACUAAAGACUUGAUAAAGAGGCGAAAUGAAGCAAAACACCGUCCUCUGUGUUAGAAAGUAUCUCAAGAAGAGUGUAGUAUUCUACAAGUGAUUUUACUGACAGUGAAAAUGAAAACCAAUGGCUCCCUGGACGGGGUGAAUCAAUCUAAAACCCCCAGCUGGUUUCCAAAUGGUUCUUCUGAGCUGUAAUCUAAAAAUCCAGCUGAUCUGCUACAAAGGAACAAUCACAAAAACCCCAGGACAGCGCUUUAAAAAUCUCUAAGCACAGUAAUUGUUGUGAGCUUUCGCAUGCCGAUGUGUGUCCUCAGGUUUGCACAAAGUGGUGGUCAUCUUGCUGCCCCUCAGCCUGGUGCUGCUGGUGUUCGGGUGGAUCUUCGGACUCGUCAGUUCGUUGGCCUGCAGCCCCAGCUUACUGGCCGGAUCAGCAUCAUAUUUCCUCUUCUGUAGUAAGUCUUAAUAAUUUUAAUUCAUCUAUGUACUUAUUUUUUUCCCUGAAGCAAUAACAAGGUAGAGGCUCUCAGAAAGUGUGUGGGUUGCACAUUGUAUGCUCAUGGAUGCCCUUGAGUGAGUGGUAACAUCACAAAGAAUCUAUCUAUUAUCAUUUUUUCACAUGAUUCACUCUUGACUCGUGUCAAAUUCUCCAAUUGACUUUUCCUCGUACAUUUUUCGCACAUAUUGACGACAGGUAAGAAAUCAGCGUUUCUAAGGUGUUAAUCUUAGAGUUGACAGAUGGUUGGAUUCACAGCUCCUCCUUAAAUAUGUCUGUUUAGCAACUGUUUUCAUGCUAAUCGAGCCGAGUGAGGUAAUGAUCUCUACGCUCACGCUGUAAUUACACGAGAUAAAAAUAGAGAUAUAAUUGUUAAACAAGAAGAAAAACGUUUCAAACUGGUGUGACUGUUCUGUAAAAGACUCCUUUGUCUCUAUUUAAUCUGUUUUUUUUUAGCUUUUGUCAACUAGUGCUGCAUAAUGUAACUGUAAUUAUGCUGAGACGGAUACUCCAACAAGAACCCCCAUGUGCACAAUCAAUUUUUUUUGACCUUUUACAAACACUAAAAACCUGUAGCGUAGACACAAAUUAGAAAAAGUGUCGAGCUUCUUUUCUCUUGAGAUUUUCCAUGAACUUGAUUUUCUGACACCAAACCUAGAAGCAUUCCUACCACGGGGGUAUGCCAUCAUAAUCAACAGUAUUGAUCAUGUAAUGAGGAGGGAUUGCUAGUCCAGGUUGAGUCGCACAACACUAGGAGAUCUUGUUCUUGAUUGACAGUCAGACUCUGUCUAAAAACACCAAAUGACAAUUUAAGCUCAGAGGGGAGUCUCAGGGGGAAACUCGCUGUAAAACCCAUUACAGGAACAAGCAUAGUUCUUUAACUACCAAGCUGGAAACCCAAGGAAGAAUCUAGAUAGAAAUGCAGUCAGCCAAUCCCCAGAGACAAAUCUUGAGGAGACAUCUUCCAAAUGAGAUCUGAUAAAAACAGGCAUUUGAAAGACUAUUGAGCUUUGAAGCACAGUUUUAGCUGUAGGCUGCAUGGACAGAGUUGAUUGGUCGCUCUGCUUUAAUGAGACACAGUCUACACACAACUUUAUCUCCAUUUCCCAGCUUGAAAUUCAGCCCAACUGUGCUGCACUGUAAAGUGUAAUCUAUCAUCUCACAUCUGGGUAGAGGAGCAUCACAGCAGCAUGGAGGUAGGCAGCAAUUAACCAGAGCUUCAGUCUGACAUAAGACUGAAGCUCUGUGACAUAACAGACCUACGGUAGCUGCGCUAUAUGGGCACAGAUUAUCGGAAUAAAAAUGCGUCAAUAUCGGAAGAUUCUGAUCCAAUUCAGCUCAAUCGGAAAGAAACUAUAUGCCGAUUGUGACGGAGCGCCGUUAAGAGACGUCAUUCCCCGACUGGGGCCUGAGUGCCGGUGGCGAGAGUGCGCACAGCGCGCACUCGUUCCCCGCGGAGCCAAGCAUCGUCAAAACUGUUAAACCGUUUCCCCGCACCUGUGUCCCGCAGUCCCACACUCCAACCAACCGUUUCCCUUUUUAAUCUAGACUCUCUUCUCCGCGCUGUAGGCAUUUGAGGGUUCACAAUCGACAACUACAUGCCGCAAACACACAUACACCCACUUACCUGCUGCCAUCUUUCAAGUCAAACCGGGGCACUUCCGGAUCCGUCGGUAAAUAGCGUAAGGUGGCGCGCUUUUGGGGCUCAUUUUACCACCGGACCAUACCAGUAUAGUUCAUUUGCAGUGAUACUUUGUCUGAUUUAUUGUUUAUUCAAGGGGUAGGGUCAUAGCUGUAUGGAGGAUUAUUAGUGCCUUUUCGUCCGUGGUGAAAUGUCUAAUUUAUUGAGGAGUCCGUGUUGUACUUUACAUAUGGUAUCUUAAACCCCUAUAAUUUGUGAAUGGCUGUGUCCAGGGGAGGGGCUAGAGGGGUUUAAAACACGUCUGCUUGGGCUUCUCUUGGACAGUGGAGUUGGUUGCAAGAUAGGUAAGUGCUAAACAGAUCAUUGGUUGUAUUGCUGCUGUGUUGCUGUUGCUGUUGCUGUUGCUGUUGCUGUUGCUGUUGCUGUUGCUGUUGCUGUUGCUGUUGCUGUUUAUUUAUUUAUUCUUGAGCUUGAGGUAAUUGUAGAACUCUUGCUUCGUUGGCAUUGUUAUUUUUUUGUGUGCCUUGUACAGAUUAUUUUGUAAAUAGUAUUUGGAGCAUUUUUUCACCUUUUGUAAAUAUUUUUGCACUGUACCUUAGGAAGCUGGCUAUCAGCUACAAAGAAGUGGUUUAUGGUUUACUCCGAUCGUGAUUCCGAAACACGUCCAUGUAAAUUCUCAUUCUGAUCGUGACUCUCUGUUGGGGCAAAAACUAGCCUUACUGCGCAUGUGUGUCCUGCGUCAACGUGACGCAUUUCCGUCGUAAACAUGGCGGGAUCCAAGAGCGAUUGGUCCGUGAGUGACUAUCGCAUUUGUUGGUUUGUUGACAGCACAGGUGUAAAUACAACUCUUCUUCUUUGGUUGUUUUAGAGAACUCUGCACAUGUCCAAAUGCCUCUAAUCUGAAUAAAGCUUGGUGCAUGUAUAUAUACAUCCUGGUCGGAUUAUUUGAUUUUGCAAGGCAGAGGACGUUGAUGACCAAAUACUCCUAUUCCUGGUUUUUCUGGAAAGUGUUAUGGAAAUCCGUGGACAUGUUUUGAAUGUAAUAUCCCUGCAGUCAUAUCAUGUUGUGAUACAAGGUUUGGCCUUUAUACCUAAAGCACUAUGUUAGCGAUGCCCUCUGUUGUCCGUUAGGCGAGACACGCAUGAGAGAAAAUCACAUUAUGGACUGGGAAAAAGCCAUCUACUGUGGGAUCCAUUAUGUUGGUUAAGGUAGGCAGUAGAGAUCAGACCAACUGUGGUGAGAGUGUCUAUAUGUUGUUGUAACAAAGGGCACGAUCAUCCUGCAGAUUCAGGUAGAACGACCAAACCAUUAUAAAUCAGCAUCAUGUGACUCUUCUGAGAAAGACGGCAGGAAGAUUGAAGUUAAAGUCUGUCAAGGUGGAAAUAAAAGACACAUGUAUCUAUCUCUAACAUUAAAUGUAAUAUACAGUCAAGCUAAGUGACAUUUAUUGCCUAUGAAAUGAAUGCUUAUUCAUCAACUUGUCUUAUUAGCUAACCAGAGAUUGAUCAUUUCUGUUUUAUACUCUUACCCCUGGUACUGCUGCUUGGUUGGUCUCAGACAAAGCGGUUUAGUCAGACCUGAAACAUUUUUUUCCCUGACAUUUUUCUCCAGACAAGAAUUGAAUGAGGGGAGUGAAUGUGAGUGUUAAAAGGUAGCAGGUUCCCAGAGAACACUCAUGCUGGUGCAGAUGAGAUCAGAAAAAGAGGAGAAAAGACUCACUGCUUCGUCCACGAGUGUCAGAUGAGCCUCUGAAGGUGGGACAUCACAUCAAAAGCACUCUGUGGAGGCCACAGUGUAAUGUUCGCGAUAUGAUGAUGGAUGAAGCAACAGAGGCGCAGGCUAUGAGGACCCUUUUUGUAGUCAUUUUAGUGAACCACGCAGACGGGCAAGAUCUGAAGAUGUAUGCUUUUCUUAUCUUGACAGUGAUUUUUUUUUUCCCUGCAGUCUUGAAUGCUUUUAUUCUUCCUGUUUCACGUCGCUCCUCUGGGGUCGCACUGGUAUAAAUGUCCAAUUUCCUGCUGCAUUCUCACAGCAGAAAGUUGGACUCAAAAUUUCGCCCAUUAAGUCAUUCUGACUAUUUCAGGGUGAUUUUAGGUGUUUUCUGCCCCUUUUUACUUUCUGCUUUAUAAAUCACAAGAAAUAUUCCUUUGAUUGGCAGGACAUUUACCACACGCAUUCAUGCUCCCUUUACAUCGGCGAGUUCAGCUGCGGGGAAGAAUAAAACUCAAUCUUCUUUUGAAGAAUGCACAAUCCUGUGUUUGCACAAACUCGAUGGUCUUGAGUCUCGGAUUGGGUUGAAACUGAGGGUGAACGCAUGAAUCUGUCACAGCAGUGGAACGUCUUAUUAUAUACCUCAGCAUCACUGCUGACAGGGCCGGCCUCCCCUGUCAGGCAGAGAAGACAGCUAAUUUCAUGCUUUGCACAAAAUGUCCUGACCACGUCUUGACAGCAGAAGUCCCGUGAUCUGAGAUCUCUGCCACUUUCAAAAUCUACUCUAAUGUAAGGAACGAUCAAAUUUAUAACCUCAUGUACAUAUCUGAGUUUUGUUUUAGAGAGAGUUUAUCCAAAUACAAGUUUGAUGUGAAGCAAUGCGGUGAUAGGUCCUUGAGAUUCCAGUCUGAAUGCUAAUCGCUGAUGAAUCUGUCUUCUCAGACAGAAUAUAAGACCUGUAAAGGUUGACAUUUCCAUCUUGGAUAGUUUUAACUUCGUCCCUGUCUUUGACUCUGCGAUUCAAGGUUGUUAAAAAAGAAACCCGCCUGCGUGCGCUCCAUAAAAUGUUCAAAUUGGUAUUGCUUUGCUUCAAGUACAAGACUGUGUUUAUGAGUACUUGUCUAAAUCAGGGUAGGCGUUUUCACUAUUUUUUGCAGCAGGCUCCAGUUAUUACUGUAGUUAAAGUCGGAGUGAAAUUGAUCUGCAGACUUGCAAACCAAGGAGGCUUGCAGAGCCAGCUGUUUCCCCUGACCUCUUACCUGUUCAGGCUCCCGUGUGUAAAUUAGGCACACUGCUCGACACACAUGGAGUGACUAAACCACAGCUAUCAUUUUGAAUGGUCGGUAAUUUACAGAGUUAAACUGCUGCAGACGAUAGAGCAGUUUUCAUCUGUUCUGCUGUUCACACUAAAGGUCAGCCUGAAUUGUGCAUACGGUCUCGACUACUCCAGUAUUUCAGUUCUUUAGGGGCUAAGAGUCAGAGAUAUGUUAUUCAGUCCUGCCCACCUCUGAGGUAAUUGUAAUGCGAGAUGUUUUAUUUGUCUGCUCUGAAAGCCAAAAGUAAUCUAAAAAGAUAAAAAGCAGAGAAACUCGCCGGCUCGCUCUCGUAAAGAGCAAAUGAUCCAAUUAGACGAAGAAGAAAGUUACUGGAACAAUUUAGAAAUGACAGAUUUAAAAAAUGCUUUAUUCUUCUUGUGAAGUGCUUUAAAUCUUUAAUGAAUUAACGUCGUUCUAAUUGUUUCUCAUUAUUGGGCUAACAGGUUUAAAUCUAUACUGAUGUAUCAUCUCCAUUAGGUUAGUGGUGGAUAAUUACUCUGGGAAAAGGAUGAUUUUCCAAUCACUGCGUUACACUCAACAAAGCGUUUAAAAGUCAUCUAGAUGUUUGACUUAAGUGUGUAAUUACAGGCGCAGAGUGGAGUUUGUGUUUUACAUGGAUCAAGACUACAUUUCCCAUGAGCGCUAUCACCUCUGUGAUAAAGAUGCCGCUCUCCCCAAAGCGAACGUUUGCUGUCGUAGCAAAUUAGCGGAUGCUCUUGUAAAUUCUUUUCUCCAAUAUUUUGCAGAUUUGUUUUGAUUUGUUUUUGUGCAAAAUCAUUAAUUCUAACAUAAUAACAAAACUUUCUUAACUCUCAUUUGUUACUGUUUCCUUCCAAAAUGUGACCAGGCACACUAAUUUAGCAUUAUGAAUCACAGCCCUGGAGUCCCAUUAAUUUUCCAAAUGAUAUAAAAAUGCAAUUUAAUUUCUUAUGUCCUCAAAAAGCAGAGGGGCAUUCACAUGCCUCUCAUAGCUAUUUCUUUUACCCGAUAAAGCCCCAGUGAAGUUUCUCUGUCUGUAUCAAUAUUUCAGAGGAAAACAUGCUUCUUUUUCCAAUUCCGCUCCGGUAUCAGCCUUGAGUGCAAAACUCUAAAUUGGAAAAAAAGAUUGUCCAAAGAGAAAUAAACUCUUCUUUCAAUGAGUAGAGUUUGGACUUGAGGUUUGGGGGGCUCUCAAAAAUGGGAAGAGUGUGAUGUUUCGCAGAGUUAGAGUGAUGCAAUUUUGUGAGAAUUAUGCCGACCACGGGAACCAAAGUUGCACACACAAAGGAGGCGGUGGAUACUCAGGUGUGGUGUUCCUCCUGAGAUAAGCACUCCUUUACAGACCAACCUGCGGCUUCUUAAGGCUUAAGAAUAUAUCAUCAGGCACAGCGGGCGCUUUGUAAAUGAUGCAGAGUGUGCAGCAGGGCAGAGAGCAUGCACACAAAUCACUGUAUGAGUAAUGCCCCUGUAUAUAUUGUUGUUAUAUUCAUUAGUCCUUUUUUUAAAGUUUAGUAGGUGUGUUUGCUUUUCAGCGUGUGUGUCUGAGAGGGUGUGUUACCCAUUGAGUGCCAGUCUGAGCUGUGAAAGGCUGGAGUUUUUGACCUGAACAGGGCUUAAGUGAAGCUGGCACAAGAGGAGAUCCAAGUGAGGGUGUACUCCAGAGCUGAAUGAUAUUGGAAACAAAACAAACUGUUUUGAUUGUUUCUCCUCUCUGCAGUAUUUGAAGUACAACAAAAAUAGAGGAAUUUGAACCAGAGAGAUGCAGUUUGUUUGAAAGUGCUUAGAAGCAACUAGAAAAGCAAUAACAAUUGUAAUUGUUGUUUCAGAGAUGAAGAGACACAAAAGAGGGUUGGAGCGACAGGUGGGGGAUCAAAUGAUACUGACAAAAUAAAAACUGCAGUUCCCCGAGUGCCUGCUUGAGGCUGGCUGCAGAGGCAUUAGAAAACAUGCACACACUUAGCCAGAGAAGGACUUGACUGACAGGCGGACACGCUGCACACAGGCCUUCACACGCCAUCUGUGUGGCAGGUUGACCAAAAAUAAAGUCCAGUCAGCAUUUCCAGUAUGUGUACUGCCACUGAUAGGCUUUAAACACAUGAGCGAUGUCACCAACGCCACAUCCAGUACAUUAUACAGUCUAUGCAUAGUAGCAACAUUGCAGCGGGUGUGCAUGUUUCUAUUCUACAUGUGAUACAGAUAGACUGUCUGCAUGGUGGUCAGUUUUCUAUGUGGUAAAAUGUAUUAACAGUCAAAAUACCAAGGCAGUCAUUUUGACUGCUUUUAAAAUUUACAAUAUCACAACUUUUUUAAAAUAGUAUCCAUACACCAGUCACAUCGUUACUUUUCCUAAAUAUGUGUAUAUUUUAAUUUAACAUUGUUUUAAUCAUUAAAUUUCAAAACACAAAAGAGAUCUGAUUAUUACUACCUCGAAUGACCAGAGCAGUCAGAUGCUUUUAACAACGGGUGUGAUAUUUCACUAUUUGCUACAUUUUCCCGCUCUUUCUCCUGCUUUACCCACCGCACAAUGCGACAUCGAAAUGACAUCUAUUUAACGAAUUUUUCGACGAUGAGAUACAAAUGUGGACAUCAUUUCAACGUCUAAAAGAGGUCCAAUAAUGACGUCUAAAUCUUGGAUCCAUUUUGCACGUUGUGCCGACGUCCAGAUUUGGUCUUUGACGGACCGACCAAAUACUGACUUGAUCUGCACGUCUCUUUGACGUCAGAUGUUUGGUGGAUAUUGUUUGUUUUGUACUGUAAGCUCUGUGAAGCUAAAAUCUAGCUAUAACCUUACUGAGAACUCAAGAGAUUAAAAAAUAACAACGAAGAGAAAAAUGACAAGUAUGGCCUUGCGCCAGAGCCUUGUUGGUGAACAAUACGAUGGUUCAUCGGAAGUUCAGGGAAUGAUGUGUGUUGGUAUAUUGAGGAUGGUUCGUAGAAAAUCUCAUUCAUCAUGAUUUCCAUGUUGUGUACUGAUGUGUUUUUUUUAUCUAUUCCACCAAUUUGUUAUUAGUUUUUAUUGUUGAUUAUCCAAAUUAUGUGCAAAAAAAAGAUAAUUUUAAGUGGCAAUAAUAAUAGACUACAUUUCAGGUCAUGUAGCUAUUGCACAUGCCCAGUUGGAAUAUUCAUCAAAAUACAGUUCAGCCUGAGUGUCCAUGUCUUUUUCAUGAGUGACAUGAUCUAGGGAGGCUUGUAAAGCAAAACAUCUGCACUUACUCUGAUUGUAUCAGCAAAUAAACUGAUGGUCCUUUUUGAGAUGCAGCACAUCUCUGUACACUAUCUUACAAAUGCACCGUCACACUCGGCUGUCUUUAGACCGGAUUUUUGCAAAGUUCCCUGCUGCAUCCCCAAGAUAACAAAGCCCCUUAAAUCCCUCAAACUAUACCUCCUGCUUUCUAACUUGCUCUUGUCUGCCAAACUUUACCAGCCGAGUUCCAAACAAAGACAUUUCUGGGUACGAGCCAGAUAUUGACUCGGCUUUUCUGCAGGAAAUCUGACCCAAACACAAAGGAAUAACUCAUCUUGUCGACAGAAAUCUCAUGAGGUCAUGGAAAUGCAUUAGAGCCAGAGGGACUAUUUUAAAACCAGUUAAUUAAAAACCCCUCACUGUCCGUCUGCGCAGGUCUGGAGCAUAUAGAGAAGUCAUUACCACUCCUCAAGAUGGAGCCAUUUCCACAAAGAUUUUGCUCUGUUAUGAGUGACAUCUUUUUGGUUUCUCUUCCUUGUCAGGUCUUUUUACCCUCACUGGGGUAAGCAUCUACAUCAAAUACUCUAAUCAAGCCAUGGAUGAAUUCCAGCGCAUCGUGUCCCCAGAGAGUCUGGCGGAUGUGGAUGUCUCCUUCGGGUGGUCCUUCGUCUCAGCUUGGCUCUCCUACAGCUUCGAAGUGGCCGCCGGCCUGCUGCUCAUCUUGGCUGCCAGAAUCAUUCAGAUGAAGGGACACUACGAUUCAGGUGUUGCCAUUGCCAUGUUGUAG